UUAUCCAAGAUGGCCGAUGUUUAUUUUAAUAAAUGUAUAUAUUGCCAAGAUGACAUUAAUGGACUUCGAAUUCAAUGUUGUGUUUGCGAAGAUAUUGUAUUAUGCUUACAGUGUUUUGCUGCUGGAGCAGAAUUUGGGACACAUAAACGAAAUCAUGCGUACCAGUUUGCGGAUGAUUGGCCUAAUAAUAUCAUAGUUAAAGGCGAAGGAGAUUGGACUGUUAGUGAAGAAUCAAGACUGUUAAAUAAUAUCGAAGUAUUAGGAUUUGGAAAUUGGGAUGGGGUUAGUGCGAUAAUGACAAACCGCACUCCUGAAGAAAUAAAAGACCACUAUUUAUCAAGAUACUUAGAUGGUGUUAUUGGACGUGCAACUUGGGCAGGAAUUCAACGACCUGAUUUAAGCAAAAAUACUGAUUUACCUAUAAGCGAAAAAAAACCAAUUGUACCUAGAUUACCACCGUUAGAUAUUACUUUAGAAGAAGCUCAGUUACUUAGUUAUAUGCCAAAAAGAGAUGAUUUUGAUCGGGAGACUAGCACGGAUAUUGAAGCAGAACAAUUAGUAUCAUCAUUAAAUGGUAUUGCCAUUGAUAAUGAAGUAUUGGAUACAGCAUUAAAACUAGCGCAAGUUGAUAUGUAUAUGCGAAGAUUACGUGAACGUGCGCGUAGAAAACGGAUUGUUAAAGAUUACCAAUUAGUUGCAAAGUUUUUUGCAUCACAUCGAAAGCAUGCAUCCAAACCAAGUUAUACAAAAGAACAAAGGGAGUUUCGAGACCGUAUGCGUAUAUUUAGUCAAUUCAGUACUGCAACGGAACAUGAAUGCCUAAUAUCGGGCUUAGAACGUGAACAAGAAUUAAAAUUACGCUUAAAUGAAUUGGCUCGAUAUCGGCAGGCGGGUUUGACACAUAUGGAUGAAUGCGUUCAUUAUGAACAACAUUUAGCAUUUGAUAGACGUAAUCAAACUGUUGCACCAACUGCUAUCACGCCGGCUACACAUCAUUGGAAACAUGCCAAAUCUGGCAGCAGUGGAUUCGAUCCAUACUUCCAGGAAGUGCCUCAAGUAGGAAGAAGAGAAAGCGUAAAAGACUCAAAUUUCAUCGACCAAAAGUACAUGUACCACACCGAAGACAUUUAUACAAACGAAAACCAAGAAAUUCUAAACACAACACAAACAACGGUGAGACCACACCAGGAACACCAACAAACACAAUUGAUGGAGUCAUCAUAUCAAAUGACUCACACCAAUCGGGAUAGUCAUUCAAUAACUUCUAUUUCCACUAAUGAUUUACUACCUAAAAAUGAAUUACAGCUUUGUUCAACAUUAAAUUUACAUCCUCUACAAUACAUUACUUUAAAAACGGUUUUAUUAAAGAAUCAUUUUGCUCCCGAAAGUGGAAAUGGUGAUGAUAAUAGUGGGGGAAUCAACCGCACAAAUAAUAAUUGGGAUCCACAAUGUGUUAGUGCAGUUACUAGUUACCUAGAAUCUAAAGGUUGGCUGUUCUAAAUAUUUAAAAAAAAUUAGUAAACAAAUUGUAAUUUAAAAAAUUCAAACUAAAUGUGCCCACAAUUUUUUGGGACUUAUAUUGUAUUCUUAAUUUAUAACAAUGAAUGAUAACGUAACGUAAUUUCUUAAUUUUUUGUUGUACAAUAUCAAAGGCUGUGUAAAUUUUACAUUUUAAAGCACUGAAUCACUAGGACAACACAGGGUUGUGUAUGGUGUGGUAAGUUGUCAAUAAAAAUUGUUAAAAAGUUAAGGAAACAAUAUAUUUUUGUGUUUGUAUUUAAUAGAAUGUUUUCCCGAAGUGUGCAAAAAUGCACAUUUGAUUUGAAUGAAAAAAAUAUAUAUUUAUUAAAAUAAAACUUUUUUUGGAAAAUUACCUCUAUUAUUACAGUACGUGAUAAAUAUAAAUAUUUUUGCAUAAAACUACCAUUGAUUUAACUAAUUAUAUAGGGUCGAUUCUAAAAGUGGUUAUCUGUCUCUUAACAUUAAUUUACGUAAAUCAAAAUUUACUUGAAUAACAGCUUUUCAAUUUUUAGACAAACUACUAAGACAUUGUAUCUUUAUUAAUGGCAAUUUACAACCCAGUAAAUGAAUUAAUCGUAAUCAUGUUAAUUGUAUAGUCAUAAAAUGUCAAACCGUACUGGGUAGAAUACUGACAUUAAUAAAAGAACUAAAGAAUUUCGUUUCAUAAUAUCAUAAUUUUGUAAACAUGAAUUCAUAGUGGAAGCUGUGUAUAUAUGUCUCAUAUGUACCCAGAAUAUAAAUUCGACCCCAUUAUCUUUUUGCCUUAGUAGAGACCUCAAUUCUUUGCGUUCUUGUUAAGAUGUGAAUUUUUUUUUUCCUAUAUCCAAUCAUUCACAGAAAAGAAUAGGGCCACAAUUUAAAAAAAAUCUUUUAAAAUAGAAAUUAAGUGUGGGCCAUGAUCGUUAUUAGUUAUUUUUGAAAAAUGUUAGUAAAUACUAUGAGACACACUUUCCGAUUAUUGAGACAUGCGAAUUGAAUAUUUUAUUUUGUAAUCGAUUAUAAACUUUGGUAAGGAUGAAUUUUGUUUCACUCGGAAGGUGAAACGUGUCAACUUCUAAAACCUUUGAUUAUCAAACAAAGCAACAAUUAUUGAAAAAUAUGCGCUAAUUAAUAGUAAUUUUGGAAAAGAAACAACUGAUGAGGUCUCUCCGCGAACUUAACUGUAAUUUUGUUUUUUGCAAUCUUUCGCAUAUUCACUGUUGUACAGUACAAAAAUAAUUAAACAUUUUGUUAGAUUCGUUUUAAGUAAUAGAAUUAUCAAAUAGAUUUAAGUAGGAAAAAACUAUAAGCUAAGACUCCAGAAUAUCACCGUUCUAUAUUUCUCUUCUGAAAAUGAAGAGAUCAGAAGAAAUUUAUUAUGAACCAAUUUUUAGGUAAGACAAACCUGCAUUCAUGGAAAUUUUAAGCUUUAUAAUUUAACUUUACAAAGCAAUUUAAAAUUAAGAAUAUUUUGUGGUCUUAGGCUUAUAAAAAAAAAAAUAAACAAACAAAAACAUCAGGAUUAUGGCUGGGAAUGAUGAGAUGCUUUUAUUUUGGAAAAAUUAGAAUAGAAAAUAAUUCACAUAUUCAAAAAUUACAUAAAAUGGCUGUUCCUACUAGCUUAGGUCGCUGAAUUACUUUUGGAGGUAUAAUUAAUAUAUGAGAUCAAGUCAAACUAGGAAAAAGCCAGAACUUUUUUAUUGGGUUAUAUAGUUUGAACUCUAUUUGACAACACCCCAAUAAAUAUGUGAGCACAAAUUGGGAAAUAAUUAUAAGAGGAUUAUAAGUAAUCAUCAAAUAAAUUACUCGUAAAUCAACCUUUAAGCAUUUUGAUGGUCGAAAUGUAUUGAUAUCACCAUUCGUUUCCUGUCUUACGAACGAAAAGUGCAACCAUCUCAAGAAAACUGUUAAUAAUUUUGAUUAUACCACUGGAAUGAAAUUAAAAAGGGUUGGUUAAAAGAAUUUUAAUUGUCUUAGAUCAUAAAAAACAAAAAUUUGUAAUUCUGAGUUAACCAUUAAUUGGAAACUAGAUAUGGAGGAGAAAAUACUACUCGACAUUGACUUUCAGAAGAUAUUUGGCGAACUUAGCUAGAUAACUAUAUAAUGAUAUUAUAUCCGUAAUCGCCUUUACAUGUAAAGAAUUUAUUGAAUUUCUAGAACUAGAUUAAGUUUACAAUUUGAAGAAAAUUAAAAUUAAGUUUACAAAGAAUUAAAAAAUAGAUGAACGAUCCAUAGACACAAAUAAAAUCUAUGAUAAUGAAGUGGGAAUAUCAAGAAAAUAAUAGAAACCCGAAGAUUUCAAUUUAUUUUUAGUUAUUUAUUUAAAGUUCAUUUUUAUUCUGAAUAUUUAUUAUUUUACUAUUGCUAUGCCAUUGUUCUCAUUUACAUAGAACGUUAUCGUGUGUCUGUUAACUUCGAUUUGAGCAAAUGAUUUAUGUAAAUAAGCCAAAGCAAUUCGUUUUUACAUAAAUUCUUUCCUCAAUAAUUGUUU